GAAAAAUAUCCACCCCCAAGAUUGCUCUCCCGUCUACUCAUCAGAUUUGUUGCAUCGACUCUCUCUCUCUAUCUCUCUCUCUCUAUCUCCUCUUGCAGAUUUGUUACUUCCGUUUGGUGCAGAUGAAUUGUCUUCACUCACUCUCCAGAUCCUCUGCUUUGCCCAUUCAAACCUUCAAAUUCAAUGCGAGCAAGCCUCCAUGUAGUGUCAGUACAGUGGGAAUGAUGAAUUCGGUUGAUCGUCCCCGUGUUAUUAUCGUUAAGGCAGUUUCUGGUUCGACAUCCAGCACCAAGAUGAGCAACGCUAAUGCUAAUGUCAAGGAGGAAAUAUCUGAAACAUAUAGCAACACUAUGACUGAAGCUAUGGGUGCUGUGUUGACCUAUAGACAUGAACUAGGAAUGAACUACAACUUCAUCCGUCCUGACUUGAUUGUGGGCUCAUGCCUACAGACUCCUGAGGAUGUUGACAAGCUUCGUAGCGUGGGAGUGAAAACUAUAUUUUGCUUGCAACAAGAUCCAGAUCUUGAAUACUUUGGGGUUGAUAUCACUGCCAUUCGUGCAUAUGUCAGCACACACGAUGACAUUGAACACUUACGUGCUGAAAUAAGGGACUUUGAUUCAUUUGAUUUGCGGAUGCGGCUUCCAGCUGUGGUGAGCAAACUACACAAGGCCAUUAACCGGAAUGGAGGUGUAACUUAUAUACAUUGUACAGCUGGAUUAGGGAGAGCUCCUGCAACUGCAUUGGCAUACAUGUUUUGGAUUCAAGGCUACAAGCUAAGCGAGGCCAACAAUUUGCUAUUGAGCAAGCGCUCAUGCUUCCCAAAACUGGAUGCUAUAAAAAGUGCCGCUGCUGAUAUUCUUACAGGCCUCAAAAAGAAGCUUGUCACUUUGACUUGGGAAUGCAGCACUUGUUCAAAUGUGGAAGUCUCGGGACUUGAUAUUGGGUGGGGUCAGGCAGUAAAGCCGCUGGGGGUUUAAGAAACAAUUGUAGAACUUCGAAAUUGGUUGGGUCUGCCAUCCAGGCUGUCAUCAUCACCAUCAUACUUGUGUUCUUUUUCUUUCUAACCUUUGCUGCUCUCUUAUUGCUGAUGCCUUGGUACAUGAGCUUUAGAUGGUUUCAUUUGUAACUAAGCAGGAAUUUCCUCUUGCAAGAUUCUUUGCUAACAGAGGUCGUCAGGGUGGCAAAUAUAGGUUUUCUACCCCACUCAUCAUAUCAUCACAUUAAUUAAUGACUGCAAUGUUACAUUGGAUGUUCCAGGCUUGGGUUCGUGGAUUGGUAAUGGAGUCAUGGUUAACAGAAUUAGGACUUUCUGUUUCUUUUUAUUUUGUGAUAAUUGGCCUUUUGUGUUGACUCUUAUAGUUACCUGGAGAACAUUUUGCCUUGGACUCUUUAAGUGUUGAAGAGUUUCUUUCCUAAUAGCUUAAGCUUUUAGGAUAAUUCUCUCGAUUUGUGUUUGUUCGUUUUCCCUUGCAUUCUACUUGUCUAUGUUUGGAUUUUUUUUUUUUUUUGUCUCUGCAUGCAAGAUUGGGUUACACAAAAUUGAUUUGCACGUGAGGGACUCGACCGAGGGUGUUGGAGAACUUGAUGCCUGCAAAGGCUGCUAGUAACACAUAUCAAGCUCAACCACUCUGUACCUGACGAAUUCUGAUUCGAAGUUAAAGUUUUGGUCUCAAGUUUUACACACAUAUGGGGUGAAAAGAUUUAACAUUUUUUGCAUUCCACAUGUGAUAUUUUCAUGAACCUUUCAGACAUUACAUUUCAUGACUCGGAACUCAUCUGACAAUUUUCUCGUGAACUUCUCAGAGGAUACCUAUGAAAUUUGAUAAGGAACGAGGUCUGUGGAUUCUCCAGAG